AUGGUGUCGUCUGUUGUUCUCUCUGGCGGCGGCGGCCGCCGCCGCCGCCGUGGUUGGAUUGCCUCCUGGUUGUGCCUCUUCCUGGUUGUCGCCGUCGCGUUUCUUGGCUGCGGAGAGGCGGCGGUGAAGUCGGAUUUUUUGAUCGGACUUGGGAGCUACGACAUCACCGGUCCGGCGGCGGACGUGAACAUGAUGGGGUAUGCCAACACCGAACAGAUCGCCUCGGGGAUCCACUUCCGCUUGCGGGCGAGGGCGUUCAUCGUAGCGGAGGCCAGUAACGGGGGGAAGCGUGUGGCGUUCGUGAACCUCGACGCUUGCAUGGCAUCGCAGAUUGUCACCGUCAAGGUUCUUGAAAGACUCCAGGCGAGGUAGGCUCCGGAUUAUUCACGAGCUGACUUCAGUUCUCUGUACUCUUCUCGAUUCUUCAGAGUGCCUUCCAUGUCUAAUUUCAUUGUUGAGUCCCAUCAAAGGGGGCGAAUGGGGAAGUUCUUGUGGUAUCUAAUUCUAACCCUCGGUAGUCUUCCUGAAAAUUCUCCGUGCUUUUCUCAUCCAGACCUCAGCAUUAUCAAAGCUUUGAAACCACGGCUCAUGCUUGCCGAGUCAUUCUGUCGUCCGGGCUCUUCGCUUAAAAUCGAUGACGCGUAUUCAAUCGGGAGGGAUUGAGGCUAGGGUUUUUACCACUGUUCGUGUCUGACCUGGCGUAUUCACCUCUUUGCCAGGUACGGUGACCUCUACACGGCUGAUAAUGUGGCCAUCAGCGGCAUUCACACUCAUGCCGGGCCAGGGGGCUACCUUCAGUAUGUCACCUAUAUAGUAACCUCUUUUGGAUUCGUUCGCCAGUCAUUCGAUGUUCUUGUGGAUGGGAUUGAGAAGACCAUCAUACAAGCCCACGAGAAUCUUCGUCCCGGAUCGAUCUUGGUCAACGAGGGUAUGCAGACACAUUCUAAUUUUUAUUCUCCACUGUUCAUAACCCUCCACGUCACAGAUCCUCUACUGCACGUUUCUCAUUAUUUUCACUGAAUUCUAUGGUCAUCUUCAUUUUCUAAUCCGAUUGGGCCAUGAUUAUUAGCACGACUGGUUCCCCAGGAUAAAUCUUUUUCUAAUCUAUGGAUAUUGCUUUUUAUGUAUAGUGGAAUUCUAUCAUGAGUACAGGGGUCCGAAGAACUUAAAAAUUGCUUUUUUUUCUUGCUGGAUCUAGGAUUUUAAUUUUAUUUUUUUCUGAGUCGUCACGGAAAUUCUGAUUUCUUUCCAUUUUAAUAUUUGAGUAGAACUGAAUUCUGCAGUCUAAUUUACUUUUUUUGUAUUUUUUUUUUAAACAAUCAUGGAAAAUUUACAGGUGAGCUCCUUGAUGCUGGCAUAAACCGUAGCCCCAGUGCCUAUCUCAACAACCCAUAUGAGGAGAGGAAGAGGUAUAGCUAUGAUGUGGACAAGAAGAUGACUCUCCUGAAGUUUGUUGACGAUGAGUGGGGUCCCAUCGGAAGCUUCAACUGGUUUGCGACCCAUGGGACUUCAAUGAGCCGCACCAACUCAUUGAUAAGCGGUGAUAACAAAGGGGCUGCCGCUCGGUUCAUGGAAGACUGGUUCAAGCAGAAAGCUUCCGAGGAAGGCCUUGAAACCGCAGGCUCUGGCCUACUCAGCUCCGAUGUUAAUGCAGUGAAACUUUCUCGGAGGGUCUCCAUGAUAAUUCCCCAAACUCGUGAGAACCUUGCCGUUUAAAUUACUUCUUGUUACGAAUGUAGAAUUUUUUCAUAUUCUAAUUAUUUUUUAUUCGAUAUAGUUCUAAUGAAUAUAAUCGACGGCAUGAUUUACAUCUGUUUACCCUUUUUUUAAAAAUAGUUUUCACAGAAAAUGAGUGACAACCCUGCUGUUUAAACUAUUUCAUGUCAAAAAAAUUCAACAUAUUCGUGUUCUGUAAGUUUUUUAUUCAACGUGGUUUUACAGAGUUUAAUCUAUGACAUGGAAUCUGUCCCUUGCGUACUUUUUUUUUUCUAAUUAUUUUCUGCAGAGAAUGAGUGACAACUCUAUGGUUCAAAAUUAUUUAACAUCUACAGUGUGGAGUCUCUUCAUGAUGUGUUCAUCUUUUUCCUGCAGAAAGUAAGUGAGAACAUAGCGUUUAAAGUAUUUCACAUCAAACAUGUGAAAUAAUUCAGCAUAACUUUAUAAAUUAUUCUUCAUUUAACUUCUUUAUUUAACAGAACUUUUUUAGAAUAAAAUAGUCUAUGAAUUGCACCUGCUUACCCAUUUUUAAAAAUCCUUUUCUGCAGGAGAAGAAAUCGUCCAACAUGCCUCCUCCAUUGAGGCAACUGGUGGGUGGCCAGCAACGAGCUUCUUGAGUGCAACCCAACGGGUUCGCAGCACAUUCAGGCAGGGCAACCGGCCGGCCUUCGUAUCGGCAUUCUGUCAAACCAAUUGCGGUGAUGUUAGCCCUAAUGUGGCGGGUGCAUUCUGCAUCGACACUGGGCGACCCUGUGAUUUCAACCACAGUACCUGCAAUGGGAAGAACGAGCUUUGUUAUGGGCGUGGCCCUGGGUAAUAAUCUCCCUGAUUGAUCAGUCCAAAAAGAUAUAUAUAUUUAUAUACAUGUAUCAUUUAAUCAUGGUAAAUCCUAAGUGAUAGUUUCGUCCUGCAGGUAUCCUGACGAAUUUGAGAGCACCCGGAUCAUCGGGGAUAGGCAAUUUAAGAAGGCUGCUGACCUUUUCAACUCGGCCUCUGAGCAAGUAAAAGGCAGCGUUGACUAUCGCCAUAAAUACAUAGACUUUUCGCAGCUCAAAGUUACUAUCGGUGACCAAGUGGUGAAGACGUGCCCUGCUGCCAUGGGUUUCGCGUUUGCAGCAGGAACCACAGAUGGGCCUGGAGCAUUUGACUUUACACAAGGGGAUGAUAAAGUAGGUGACAAUGACUCCACGGGCAAUCAUCCUUUGAGCCUUAAUCUGAUUAAUUAUGCUAAUUUUUCCUGGUUUCUCUUCGCAGGGGAACCCCUUCUGGAGGCUGGUGAGGAACGUACUGAAAACACCCAACCAGGCGCAAGUUGAUUGUCAACAUCCGAAGCCUAUUUUGCUGGACACUGGUGAGAUGAAGGAACCGUAUGACUGGGCGGUGAGCCUCACGCUGACCUUUUUCUUCUUUCAUGCAUAUUAUAGAGAAGUUAAGCAUUGAUUAUCCGAUCUGAUUUAUUCUGUUGUCUCUGUAGAGGAUUGAUUUCCAGAUGGGUUUUGAUUACCGAUUAAUCUUGGUCCUCGCUUUAUUUUAGCGUAUAAUCGUUAUUCCAGUACUGUCUGUUGUCUUACUCAGAAUUCGCUUCCUUUGACUUUUUCUUCAGCCUUCCAUUCUCCCAAUUCAGAUCCUCCGGAUUGGUCAGGUGGUCAUUCUCAGUGUACCCAGCGGUAUGUAUAUAUAUAUUUUUCUCUCCUCGCGGGGCAGCCGCCUUUGAUUUCAUUUGUAUUCUGGAUCGGCUCUUAUGCGAUCUUUGAGCACAGAAUUCAGUACAAUGGCCGGCAGACGUCUCCGUGACGCUGUAAAGGUGGCGCUGACCAGUAGCGGAACCGCGGAAUUCGACAGCAAUGUCCACGUCGUCAUCGCCGGGUUGACCAACACGUACUCCCAGUACGUGACCACCUUCGAGGAGUACGCCAUCCAGCGAUACGAGGUCCCCUCCGACAAGACCAAAUCCAAACUCUCCCUCUCUCUGCGACUAUUCAAGGAGCGACUAACAGGCACCGGAUGUUCGCCUGCAGGGAGCCUCCACGCUCUACGGCCCCCACACCCUCAGCGGGUACAUCCAGGAGUUCAAGAAGCUCGCGACGGCCCUCAUCAGCGGCGAGACAGUGGAAGCGGGCCCGCUGCCACCGGACCUUCUGAAGAAGCAGAUCAGCCUGCUCCCGCCGGUGGUCAUGGAUUCCACCCCCUUCGGCGUUAAGUUCGGCGACAUCAGCGUUGACGUUCCGGUCAACGCCACCGUGCGGAAGGGCGAGACGGUCUCCGCCACCUUCUGGUCCGCCUGCCCCAGGAACGACCUGAUGACGGAGGGCACCUUCGCCCUCGUGGAGAGGUCCACCGGCGGCGUUGACUCAUGGGUCCCCGCCUAUGACGACGACGACUUCUGCCUCCGGUUCAGGUGGUCGCGGCCCUCCUCGCUCAGCUCCCACAGCCACGCCACCAUCGAAUGGACGGCCCCCGCCGCCGCGGUCCCCGGUGUCUACAGGCUGCGCCACUUCGGCGCCGCCAAGAGCCUCUUCGGCUCCGUCCGCCAUUACACCGGCGCAUCCCGCUCGUUUACGGUGCUCUGA